AUGCCUUCCGAUAAGGAGAUCCUCAGCAAGCUGUCCUCGCGGGACAUCGAGGUCCUCGUCUGCGCUCUGUACUGCCAGAAGCACGAGCCUCAGAGAGGCUCUGCCGCCGACCUCCAGAUUGACUACCACGCACUGGCUGCCCGUGCCGGUUUCAAGAACGGCGCGUCCGCCUCGGCCUGCUACCGCCCGAUCAAGAACAAGCUCGACGCCUUCAUCGCCGCCAAGGACGCCGAGAACGACGCCCUUGGUCUCACCUGCGCCCCCGUCACCCCCUCCAGGAAGCGCAAGGCCGGCAGCACCAACGCCAGCCCCGCCCCGGGCACCCCGCCCGCCAAGAAGCGUGGCCGACCCCUCAAGGCCGUGAACGCCGCCGUCGAGAAGGUCGAGAAGGUCGAGAAGGUCGAGAACAUUGAGAGCAUUGAGAAGGUUGAGAAGAAGGAAGAGCCGGAGAUGAAACAGGAGGAGAUUUCGUAUAAUAUUAUCUCCGGCCGCCCCUGCGGGACGAACUAUUACGCUGAACUCAUGGCAGCGGAGCCUUACCCUGGCGAGAUCUGA